AUGACACGUUUUUACUGCCUAAAGUGCAAGAAGGAAACUGAGACAGCUAGUGAAAUACAAGAUAUGACUACAAAUGGGCGUUACCGACUGCAUGGUGACUGCACAAUUUGUGGUAUGCAUAAGAAUACUUUUACUGGAAUAGACUGGGUGAUCAAGAAGAAGACUAAGGAGAAAAAGAAAGAAACCGCUGCUAAGAGACAGCAGACGGCUUACAAUCGGCAAUGCAAAAAACUUGGACAGAAAAUCUUAGAUUCUGAUGACGCUUGUAAACAGUUUAUUUGGUAUAUAUAUUUGUUCCAUAUGUUGUCCCAGAUUGUGGAGGAUCUAUGGGGGAUUCCUGAGCCCCGUAGGGGCCAUAUAGGUACUGCGACGGGUCGUAGACCCGGAGGAUCGAGUGGACUUCCGAAGAUCGGAAAAAGGAGAACUAAGGUUUAUCUUGAGUGUCUCAAGUAUCUUCCGAAGAACGGAAAAAACCAAGAUUCGUUUCAGGUGGGCUUCCAAAGAACAGAAAACUCAAAAAUUCGUAAAGACGUACCAUUCUUUUGGCUUAAAAUGGGUACUCCGAUUCCUCUUUGGGUUAGCGAUGACUAUGAAGAGAUCUCGGGUGGGCUUCUGAAUAAUGUAAAAGAACUAAGAUUCGUAAAUUUGGGUGGGUUUCCAAAGAACCGAAAGAAGGAACCAAGAUUCAUAAGUCUCGGGUGGGUUUCUGAAGAAUGGAAAAAGAAGGCCAAGAUUCGUUGUAUUUCCUGGACAUGA